GUCUCUGUCGAUGGCCACGGGAAGCGCAGCUGCAUGAGCGAUGGUCUCUCAUUGAACCCGCAUUCUCUCCGUGAUUUUACCGCCGCGGUUUUUACCCCGGAACGUCAACGUUCCCGCGAGCGCCGCUCACGGAAGAUCCCCGAGGGGAGGAGAGCGAGACUGCGGGGCCGCGGGCGGCGGAUAGCCAGGCCAGGAAAGGACGCUCGAGUCCGGUUUGAUGCUGGCGGCCCGUCCGCCCUUUAAACGCGGAUGCUGCUGCAUUCAUAAAGGAUCGCUGGAAAAAAGCAGGGUUCGACGUCCUCUCUUUUCAAAUUCGACGCCGAUUGGCACACGACAGUCGCCCGUACGGACCGUGAGAGGCGCGACCAGACACGGCAGCAUCCUUCCGUACCUGCGGCUCCCCAGCGCCUGAUAGGCCCAGAGUCAUGGGCAACACGCCGGCCGCCAGACGGGGCAACGAGAUGGAAAGCGUAAAAGAGUUUCUGGCCUUUGCCAAAGAAGAUUUCCUCAGGAAGUGGGAGGGUCCUGCACAGAACACAGCAUGUCUGGAGGACUUUGAGCGAUUGAAAACUCUGGGCACUGGUUCAUUCGGCCGUGUGAUGUUGGUCAAACACAGAGAGAGCGGGCAGCACUACGCCAUGAAGAUCCUCAACAAACAGAAGGUGGUGAAGCUGAAGCAAAUCGAACACACUCUGAACGAGAAGAGGAUACUGCAGGCCGUCAGCUUCCCGUUCUUAGUGCGGCUAGAAUACUCCUUCAAGGAUAACACUAAUCUCUACAUGGUGAUGCAGUACGUUCAGGGAGGAGAGAUGUUUUCACACCUGCGUAGAAUCGGCAGGUUCAGUGAACCUCAUGCACGGUUUUAUGCUUCACAAAUAGUUUUGACAUUUGAAUAUCUCCACGCGCUUGACCUGAUCUACAGAGACCUUAAACCAGAGAACCUCCUCAUAGAUCAGCAGGGCUAUAUCCAGGUGACAGAUUUUGGCUUUGCCAAGCGGGUCAAGGGUCGCACGUGGACGUUGUGUGGCACACCAGAGUAUCUCGCCCCAGAGAUUAUCCUCAGCAAGGGUUAUAAUAAGGCUGUGGACUGGUGGGCUCUGGGUGUGUUGAUGUACGAGAUGGCUGCCGGUUACCCUCCAUUUUUUGCAGAUCAACCCAUCCAGAUCUACGAAAAGAUCGUCUCAGGAAAGGUACGAUUCCCAUCUCACUUUAGUUCUGACCUGAAGGACCUGCUGAGAAACCUGCUGCAGGUGGACCUGACGAAACGCUAUGGCAACCUUAAAAAUGGAGUUAAUGACAUUAAAGGACACAAGUGGUUCUCCGCUACUGACUGGAUAGCCAUUUACCAGCGGAGGGUGGAGGCCCCGUUUGUGCCUAAAUGCAGAGGUCCGGGGGACACCAGCAACUUCGACGACUAUGAGGAAGAAGAGAUCCGUGUGUCGUUCACGGAGAAGUGUGCGAAAGAAUUUGCCGAGUUUUAGAGGAAGAGAUUAUAUAGAAAUAGCGUGAGCGAAAUCUAGGUGGGGAGAGAAAGUGAAAAAGUGCAUGAAUCUUUAAACGAUCCUUCCUCCUGUUAAACGGCAGAGAAACCAGCGGAAGCGCGGAGAGGACCUCCAGGGAUAAACAGUGAGGCCUUUUAUCAUCUCCACAAUUUUAAUCAUGUUUGUAUUUUUUUUUUAUCUUUGUUCAUGUGAUAUUCAUCAAGAUGGAUUGGAUAGGGUGUCCGUGUUGGCCAGUGGACUGAAAUAGUUUUUACUGCACAAAGAGCGACGGGUUAGUUAUCGUCUAUAGAGAGAUACCGCUAAUCUUGAGCAGUCUCUGCUAAGGUGAAUGAUAUCCACUAGGUCACCACAACAAAAAAGACAUAAAAGUAUGUAUUCCUGUGUAAUAACCGAAAUAUUUUUGGUCCUGAAUACCGUCAUGUGUUUCUUUAUUCAUACAAAUGCACUGAAGGGAUGACAAAGUGAAAAUGGCAAAGAACCGAAGCCAUGAUUUCAUGACACGAGCACCACUUUACCUUUUAUUUCCUUCUUUUCCAGCACUCUCUGUAAAAUAUUCACUGACGAACUUUGAACUUUACCUACGAAAAUGUGCCAUGAAAUCCUACAAAUGUCAAUAUUUUGACUGAUCAGUUGUUUGAUUGAUAAGAGCUGACAGAUAGCAUGAGCCCUAAAGGCUGCGGUGCGUGGACUGACCAUCAGCCUUUACUGCGGUAAGCCUUGGUGCAGACGAGGGAAUGAAUGU